AUGCCGCUCGAUCCUUUCGAAGAGAGACAUCCCAACCCCCUGCCUCGUAUCGCCACUCGCAGGACCUCUGUCGGGACAACGGGCCAUGAAGAAGGACAGGACUACUGUCGUAUUUGCCGGGGCGAAGGCACCAGCACACAACCUCUAUACUAUCCGUGCAAAUGCUCUGGCAGCAUCAAAUUCGUCCACCAAGAAUGCCUGAUGGAGUGGCUCUCGCAUUCCCAAAAGAAAUACUGCGAGUUGUGCAAGACUUCUUUUCGAUUCACCAAACUCUAUGACCGGUCCAUGCCCGCCACCUUGCCGUUUCCACUCUUUCUGCGCCAACUGGCUCGUCAUGGGGCGACCGAGUUUGCUCGCUGGUCCCGGUACUUGCUGGUGAGCAUCAUCUGGACCUGCUGUUUGCCUUGGUGCAUUCGGCAGAUAUGGAGAGGCUUGUUCUGGCUUGCAGAUGGGGAUUGGGUGGAUGAGUCCAACAUACAAGCCAUGUCCGACCGUUCGUCGAAUACAAACGGCACGGAUGCCAGCCCUGGAGCCUCACUUGCCGCCUCCCUGAACUUCACUGUUCCUGAACAACUUGAGAAGAUAAAACUGGUGUUUCCUCCGAUGCAGAUUUCUUUGGCUGACAUUGCGCGGCUGUUUUCUGGUCAAAGCGUGUUUGGCAAAAUACUUCGCUUCAUUCUCUCCAUCUUCACCCUACGUUUGAGACAAACCGAUACCCCUGGACAAGACCAGAUUUCCGUCGGGGAAAUUUCUCCAACAACCAGGAGGCAUCCGUCACUGUUAUCCGAUGUUCAAUUUAUAUCGUCAUGGUCCAGUUCUCCUUUGGCUAACCAUAUCACGGUCGACGUGAUCGAAGGCCAGCUGAUCUGUGUCUUGCUGGUUGCGGCAUUCAUCCUCGUCUUUUUGAUUCGAGAAUGGGUCAUCAAUCAACAGCCGAUCCUGAACAUGCCCGACCCGGAUGAAAAUGCUCAGGCUGACGACGCGAGACCACAUCUGCCUGCUCAUCUACCGCGUGUCCCCCGUGCUGGAGAUAAUGUCGCAGACGAAAUAGCUGCCAUGGAGGAUCUGGCAGCACAGUUACCUCCUGAUCAGGUAGCUCCGCCUAGACCACCUCCUAACCAACACCGCGUUCCUCGUUUCGGCAAUAACAUCGCGGAUGAGAUAGCAGCCCUAGAGCGACUUGCAGCUGAAGCGCCUCGAGGGGAAACGACACCGCCAACACUAUCCCCACGUCAUGCUCUUACGGACGAUGAUGUGUCUAGUGGAACUGGACCUGAAUUUGAAAGACCAAUUAUCAGGACUAGGUCGCAGAGCUCAUCAGCUAUUGCCGGCACUGCUCAGGAGCAGCCUCGUCGCUGGCGAAAUCCAAGGGGGAACGAUGUGGAUACAAAUGAACCUUGGAAUCAACUAUUUAGAAGACACAGCGCUGACGACACCGAAGCUAAUCACUAUCUUCCGUUAGUAACUCCAAGUCCUCCUCUCGUCGAUGCGGACGGUGGCGAGGACUCUCCCAUCCGUAUGGGGCGCUACUGGUAUCCUGAAGAUACUUCGGAGAUCUCCGAAUCUGAAGGACUGCAGUACUCAGAGUAUCGGCCAUUCAGACAAGAAGAAUUGGAACCAGCAGAGACUUCUGGCCGGAGAGUGUCGUUUGCAGAGGUGUCAGAUGUGGGUGACGAUGCACCGAAUGGACUAUCGUCCUCGAGCAUUGAUCAACAUGAGUCUGAUUCAGAUGCACCCGCCAUACCCACACCCGAUUCGAAUGAUGCGGAACAACUUCUGCCGCCAGGGGCUAACGCAUUUGAUGGUGAAGGCCAGGAAGUCCCAUUCAACAUUGCAGAUGAUGUUCAGGCUGAGGAAGUUCCCAUAUCUGGUGACGAAAAUCCGCCUGAGGAUACCCCGUUAUGGGGAAAGAUAUCACAUUGGCUCUGGCACACGGAUUUUGAGGCCGACGAACAGCCUCGUGCAGAGCCUGGCGAUGCCCCACGCGAAGAGGACCAGGACGAGGAACGCAUUGUGGAAGAUGUCGAUGCAGAAGCUCCAUUUGUUCCAAUCCAAAACCGAGAUGCCGGACCUGCCCAAGCGCUUCCUAUUGCCAUCGAGGCACAACCUGCUGGACCUGCAGAAGCCAGGGAGCCUAACAUGCUCUUUGGAGUCGAUCUCAAUGAGGCCAAUCAAGACGACGCAGAAGAUCUUGAUGGCAUCCUGGAACUUCUUGGCAUGGAAGGACCGAUUUUUGGCAUGGUUCAGAAUGUCAUCUUCUCCCUGUUCCUCAUCACGGUGACCUUGGCGGCUAGUGUCUGGUGUCCUUAUAUAUGGGGCAAGAUUGCACUGUUGUUUCUCUCAAGUCCUACCAGCAUGUUGGUGAAGGCGCCACUAUUCGUGCUAUCACGAACGGCGGAUAUUGUGGUUGAUAUCAUUUUCUUCGUGGUCGGCCUGACCGGCUUUCUCCUGAACCAGCCUAUAAAAAUCAUGCAAACUAUGAUGUCUCUAGCCAUGCCACGACUCGGCGGCAUCCUCGACACCACCACAUUGGAAGGCUUCAGCCUUGAUCUGAGUCAGAAGAGCGGCCUGCGCUUGGAAAAAACUCUCUCCGCUGCGGUUCUUAGCCUCAAGCCCGACUUGCCGACGUUUUCGAUGCAGUCACACCAAGCACUCAUCUCUUUCAAGACCGGCCUACAUACAGCAGUCCAGUGGAUCGCUUUUACGCUCGCCCAGGGUCAAACAAUGUUGACUAGGAACAGCCAGAGUUCGGAUACCAUGUUGACCUCUUUCUGGUAUGCCUUGAGAUCUAUUCCUACUCAACUUGCGAAGAUCCCUCAGCUCUGUGAAUAUGCGAUGAACUAUCUGCGUUCCCUGUCCACGGAUCUGGGCUCGCCACCCUCUGGCAACGGAGAUGGGAUGAAUCCUUCUUUGGCUGAAUGGGGCACAGAAGACCGAAUCCUCACAAUUUUGCUUGGUUAUGCGUUUUUCGCCAUUGCUGGAAUCGUCUUCCUGGAGAUUGCUCAUCUCAUCCUUGGCUUGAAAGAAGGCGAGAGGGUCGAGGGCUAUUUUGCGGACUCGCUACGACAAGCAGGUGGAGUGAUGAAAGUCAUUGUCAUCAUCGGUAUCGAAAUGCUGGUCUUUCCUUUGUACUGUGGACUGCUCCUGGAUCUGGCGCUUCUUCCUCUGUUUGCCGAUGCCACUGUUGCUAGUCGCAUUGCCUUCCUGAUGCGCACCCCUUUGACCGGAAUAUUCAUUCACUGGUUCAUCGGAACCUGUUAUAUGUUUCAUUUCGCCCUCUUUGUAUCAAUAUGCCGGAAAAUUAUGCGAAAAGGAGUCCUGUAUUUUAUUCGAGAUCCUGACGAUCCAACGUUUCACCCGGUGCGCGAUGUUCUAGAGCGACCAGUCCCUGCACAACUGGGCAAAAUUGCAUUCUCGGCGUUGGUCUAUGGUGGCCUGGUUAUUGUGUGUCUUGGGGGCGUGGUAUGGUCGAUAGAUUGGUUUGGCGUCGUUCUCCCGAUUCAAUGGUCGACUCCGGAACCCAGGCUGUCGUUCCCGGUCGACAUCAUCUUUUACAAUUUUCUACUUCCAUUUGUUUUGCGCCGGGCCGAGCCAUCGAAAAAGAUCUCCGCAAUGUAUCAGUGGUGGUUUCGGGGAUGUGCCAGGUGGUUGAGAUUGACCAACUUUCUUUUCGGGGAGGAACGCAAAGAAGAAACCUUCAGCCACCCGAACCGUUUUCCGUGGAACCUAUUCACCAAAGAUACGGCGGCAGAACCGAAACGUGACGGACGCUAUGUUCGAGCACCUGCAUCCGACUCUGUGCGCAUCGCCAAGGGCCGACAAGUCUUUCUUGAAGUGACAGAAGACAAUGAGAGGGUGGAUGGUGCGCCAGAGUUAUUCUUCGCCCCUCAUGGCAAGAAAAACCCUCAAUUCACCAAGGUCUAUCUUCCUCCGAACUUCCAAGCUCGAAUUACAUCGUUUGUGAUCCUGUUGUGGUUCUUCGCCGCCUUGACUGGUUCCGCGUUCACUGUGGGACCUCUCAUUGUCGGUCGCAAACUGACUCGAGUCCUCUCGCAAUCUACUCAACCACCAAAUGAUCUAUAUGCUUUCACCGUUGGUAUUCACAUUUUCGCAGCGGUCGGGUAUGCAAUCGCCUACGCCGGACCGGCUCGAACUUACCUGCAAAAGAAAUUCAAAUGGUCCGGAAAGCAGUUUCUCGCUUCGGUGCUGCAUGUCCUUGGCCUGACAUACCUUGGGAUAUUCACCACCCUCAUUCUUCCGUUCGUCGUCUCUCUGGUGGUAGAGCUAUACAUUCACAUUCCGAUCUUUGACCUGCUCGAAGUCCUCAGUCAUCAAAAGCUCAACCGCGACUCUUCACCACCCUCGUCUUCGGCCCCGACGGUUUCGGCUGGACCAGCUACCACCAAGCCUUUCCCACCAGCCACGAUAUUCAUCCUCCAAUCAUGGACUAUCGGCCUCGUUUUCCUACGCCUGAUCUUCCGCAUCCUGGCUCACGUCCUCCCACCUACUGUGCGGCCGGCCAGAGCUCUUCGCGGGAUCAUUCGCAACGGCAUUUUCCACGCCGACAUCCCUCUCGCGUCCCGCGCCUUCGUUCUCCCAGCUACGAUCAUCUGUAUCACACUCCUUAUUGCACCUCUUACUUGCAUGAGGGCCAUCAUCGGCAUCUUCCACAUUUCCGAUCGAGGAAGGCAAAUUCGGAUGUACCGUUUUGCGUAUCCGCUUUUCUUGUGCUUGAUGGUCAAUUAUGUAGGAUUGCUAUACAUAAGGAGAAAACUUGAGAGCUGGAGGAUCAAGAUCAGGGACGAAGUGUACUUGAUCGGUGAGAGGUUACAUAAUUUUCAUGAACCAAAGCCAAGGUGGAGGAGUGAGGCUUUGUCAAAAGGGAAAGGCAAGGAGAUAGCUUUGUGA